AUGUCAACAGCUGAAGCCCCAACCCUACAAAACCGUCGCCUGAGACUCCGCAAUGCCCGAACAAAUCCUAGCACACUACCACCGAGCUCAGGCUACUACACGCAUAGGGGAAUGUUGACAAGUCCUGUUGGUAGAAAGUCCUCGUUUCCAGAGGAUAAUGGGUGGGAGACGGAGGAUCAGGGGGGGGAUGGGGAGGAGGAGGGUAGUAAUAACGACAACGGCGGUGAGGCGGGUAGGAAACGUAGGAAUAGGGUUUCAUCUUCUUCGCUUUUGAGUGAUGGGUCGACGUUGAUUGGUGGGGGGGUGGACGAUAAGGCGGGGGGCGGCAGUGAAGAUGAACGAGGAAGCGGUAGUAACGGAAGACCCCCCUCACCACUAUUCUCACCAGUGGGCUCCGUCCGCGCGAUGACUAGCCCGAUUCCGGUGCGUCCCAUGUCCAUGAUUUCGACCCCGAGUCCAUACAACUACGCCUCGACCGCUCACCACCGCCGGAACCGCUCGAACGGUGGGAUCAGCAGUGGGGACUCGCCGGGGAGUUCGGCCCGCUAUAUCGACUACCUCGAGCAUCAGAUAGCCGAUACGGUCUCGCAGUUGCAGAGCUACACAUCCCCGAGCGACGGCACCAGCCACGCCGUCAAGAUGCGCAAGCUGACAGCUGAGGCCCGCCUGCUCCGCAGUGAGCUAACAGACUGGGAGAAUAAGUUUUCCACGCGUGUGAAGGAGGAGGUCAAUGCUCGCGCUGCUAUUGAUAAAUCCCUGCGCGCAAAGAUCAAGAACUUGGAGGUAAAGCUUGAGGAGGCAGAGUACAGGUGCAAGACCGCCGAGGUAAACCUCGAAGAGGCCAGGGCCAUGAUUUCGGAUUUGAGGGGGGUAGAAGAGGAGAAUCGGACAUUGGAGUUUAGGAUUGAGGCUCUCAGUGAGCUUUUGGCGGACUCGACGAGGCUGGCGCAAAGUGUUGGUGUUGGUAAGAGUGACUGCUCGUCCGUAGGCUCGGGUAGGCCCGGCUCUAUUGCGCUUCCAAAGAGGAGUAGUAGUCUUGGGUCGUCACCCGUACCAUCAUCGACGCCUUCGCCAGGGACACAGUUGAGAUGUGCUGCAGCAGCUGCCGAUGUUACUGCCACCGGUGAGAAGAAUACACCUGUGGAGGGCCGCAGUUGGAGGGCGAGUCGUGAGAGGAGUACCUGCGCACUAGAAGACUACGGAAUCACUGAUCCAAUUGAAGCCGUGCUCUAUCGUAUGUCCGAGCUAGCUGCGACGGAGGAGGAAGGAGUAGAAGGAGAAAUCGGAUAUUCGGAGGAAUACGGGAUAGAAUUAAAUCCCAACACAGCACUAGUCCAAACAUCCCCUCGUCCUCCAUCUGCAGCCCUACGAAGCCGCAGGAUGCGCCGCUUCCCCUCCGGUUCCUCCGCUCCAAAAACCCUAAUCCUCCCAUCCGCUGCUGUUGUAACCGCAACUACCAUCACAUCUCCAACCCUACCAACCCUCUCGGACCCUGCAUCCGUAAUCUUCGCUCCUCUCUCUCGCCCUCCCUCUUCCUCCUCCUCCUCUUCCCGCUGUGCGCCCCCCCAACAGGCACCAAAAGCCGCAACCCCGCAAACCUCCCUCUUUGCGGAACUAGCCCGAGCCCAAGACUCUAGUGAAGACUCUGGGGAAGACACCGAAGCAGGUCUCGAUGGCGACGACAACGACGCCACCGCCGCCUCCAUCUCCGAAGGACUAACCAACCCAACCCCCCUCGUCGUCAAAGCCAUUAGUAAAGUUGGCGAAUCCUUCGUCUCGCCGCAGGGCACAUUCUUCAGCGCGAAGCGCAAAGCAAUGGACAUUCUCGGCGGGGUAGUCGGCAAUCGCGUUUCCCGCCCUCACCACCACCACCACCACCGCCACCACCUGUUACUAUCACCAAAGCCACCCUCCUCCCCCUCGUCAUCACCCUCGUCAAGGCGCUCAUCGAGGAAGGAAUUUGGUGAAAAGAACAAGAAGACAAAAGCCCCCCCCACAACUACCACUACUUGUGCAUAUUGUCACUGCCACCAACAAUCCCCAUCCUCCACCGCCCUCACUGCGCCAAAGGCGGUAGCAUUAGCAAGGCCAAGAUCCACCUCCGCACCAUUGGUCUUCCCCCAACCCGUUGAAGAAGCCGUCGAGCAUGUGUGGCUGUGGGUCCGUUUCAUGGUCGCGCUAGUCGUUGCGCUGGGUGUCGCGGUGCGCGAGGGACCCGGUGUGGUUGUCGCGGUGGAUGGAGUCGGGAGUGUUGGUGGUGGUGCUAGCGCCGGAGACGGCGGGGGGUUCGAUGGCGUAGGGGAGGAGGAGAGACGUCUUGCUAUUAGGAAGCUGCAGCGGGGUGCUAUGGGUGGUGGGGUGGUGGAGAGUAGAGGGAGGAGGAGGAGGGGGCUUGGGUGGGGGGAGGAGAGGGUUAGGGUUUGGGAGAGGCCCGGGAGUAGGUAG